AGACCGAGGCUGCGCUCAGGCCCCGCCUUCGUCCCGCUGUUGUUCCGUUUGACCGUGCCAGACAUUUUUAAUAGCCGAACUAUCUCCUUUCAUCGUCUUUGCUCCUAAUGGCGGUAGAGGGUCUAGAGGAAUCAACCGCCCUCAGCGGUGGGAGCGACAUCCCACCGAGUGAGACAAACGAGCUUGAAUGUGAGAAAAAAGAAAAUGGCUCUACGGAGCCGGAAACAGAACAGCAAGCAGUCAGCAUAGUGGAGCCGAAAAUGGAAGAUGGGGACGUGGAGGCCGAUGAGGAGAAACCCGCGGCGACAGACGCUGCGGAGGCGGGGAAGGAGGACUCAGCGGCAACCCGGGAAGCAGUGACUGUUCCCGAGGAGCCGGAGGAGAGACCGCCGUCCCUGCCAAGUCUGGGAGGAAACAAUGGAGAGGACGGUAGAAUCACCAUGAAGGAGCUGAAGGAGGAGCUAGACGAUGAUAGCCGCUCCUCAGGAAUAAGCUGCGAUAAAAGCACCUCUGCUAGCGAGGAUGGAGAGAAGAGCAGCAGCGGCGGUGAGCUGGGAGACAAGAGGCGCUCCAGCAUGGAGGUCUCCUCCUCUGACGGAGAACCGAGCUCAGAGGACAGUGUCUGCAGCACCACCACAGAAAUGGAGAGCAUAGGUUCCAGUGGGCGUUCCACUCCUGCACUGUUGAACGGACAGAGCAGCGCCAGGUCUUCAGCGACUAAGACUAUGUCGUACAACUGCUGCUGGGACCGCUGUCCACAGUGCUUCAACUCCAGCCCUGACCUGGCUGAGCAUAUCAGGGGUAUUCAUGUGGACGGCCAGAGAGGAGGGGUGUUUGUAUGUCUCUGGAAGGGUUGCAAGGUGUAUAACACGCCGUCCACUAGUCAGAGCUGGCUGCAGAGACACAUGCUGACCCACAGUGGAGAUAAACCCUUCAAGUGUGUAGUUGGCGGCUGCAACGCCAGCUUUGCUUCUCAGGGAGGGUUGGCCCGUCAUGUCCCCAGUCAUUUCAGCCAUCAGAGCUCGUCCAAAAUGUCCAGCCAGGCCAGGCUAAAGGAGGACUCUCCAUCUAAGGCAGGACUCAACAAAAGGAAGAAACUCAAAAACAAACGGAGGUGGUCCCUGCGUACGUAUCCAACAACAAGGCCCCAUGAUUUCUUUGAUGUCCAAACCAUGGAUGCGUUGCGUCACAGAGCCAUCUGCCUCAACCUCACCACCCACAUCGAAAGCGGCGGCAACGGCCACAGCGUCGUCUUUCACAGUACAGUCCUAGCCAAGAGGAAAGAGGGGACUGGCAAGGUGAAAGUACUGCUACACUGGACACCUGAAGACAUUUUGCCAGACGUGUGGGUGAAUGAAACGGAGCGAUCUCAGCUGAAAACAAAAGUAGUGCACUUAUCGCAAUUACCGCAGGACACAGCAAUGAUGCUAGACCCCAACAUCUACCGAGCUCUUCCUCAGAAGCGACUGAAGCGCAGCCUGUAAGACCUUCUCUGCAGAGUCUGUACUUGAGGGAAAAUCGCCACUGAUUGGAGGUUGAUCCGUUCAGGACGGGGGGCUCUUCUUCAGACUCUGCUCAGUGUUUUAAAUGGAAACAAAAA